CAGGAAUCAUGGAUCAUUCCCCAAAAUGAUGUUCUCAUUCCACGCACGCCGGCCGUCUCCACACGACGAGCCAUCCCGAGACCCAAGACCAAAACGAGCCAAGAUCAGAAAUGCCUGUGAGGUCUGCAAGAUCCGGAAGACGAAAUGCGAUGGUGCUAGACCAGUCUGUGGUCCCUGCUCCAAUCGCAAACGCGUUUCGCGUGCCACUCGAAUGGCCUGCAGCUAUCGUGAAUCUGAUACCGGGGAGCAAUCAGGUUAUACCACUGAGCAGUCCCCAAACGGCUGUCCACAAUCCGACCAUGCCGACCGGGCGAGCUCGUUCAGUACUAUCGUCCCCAGCGGGAGUCUCUUUGGUGCCUCCAGUGGGGUGCAUAUUAUCCCCGAGGUUGGGAAUCAGACCAGUAUAGCCACCCCGGAUAACAAGACACCAAAUAGAAGUCCAGCUUUCCCGAAUGCAAUCAGACAUCUACCCAAGCUGCAGAACAAACCCGCUCGACACGAACGUUCUAAUUUCCAGUUCGUCAUCCCUCCCAGGAAACAGGCGGACAACCUACUGGGUCUCUAUUGGGACUAUGUCGACAGUGCCUAUCCGUGGUUGGACAGGCCAUCCAUCGAAAGUGCAUAUGAGACUCUCUGGAUUCAAGAUGGGGAAUUGGCAAUGAACGAAACGGUUUUGCAUUGUCUUCUGAACUUGAUGUUCGCCACCUCGUGCGUAGCCACCCAGGGGGAACCCCCACUCGUCCGUUAUGAAUCUUCCGUCGUCUUCUUCGACCGUGCCCAGGCGUUGAUGUCCUAUGAACUACUUGACCUUUAUAAUUUUGAGAUCAUCCAGAUCUUGCUCCUCACAGCGGUCUAUCUGCAACACGACAAAGAGCCCCAGAAAUGCUUUCGCAUCAUUGGGACGGCGAUCCAUAUCGCUCAGGAACUGGGGCUACACAUCCCGGAGACCACUGGGGCCAUAGACAACCCCAGGGAGCGAGACCUUGCGCGUCAGGUGUGGAAUGGGUGUGUCAUUAUGGACAGAAUCUGCUCCAUGACCUUUGGUUGUGCUCUCAAGGUCCCUCAAUCGGUGGCGAAAGAAGGGCUGAAUCUGCUGGUGCCCAACGCCGUAGAGCACUCGUCUGACAGCGCGACCGCUACUCUGCCAUCGAAAGUCAACUUCUAUCGCUCAUUCUGUCGACUUCAUCACAUCAUCGGCGAUGUCAUAGACACUUUCUACGAAUCCGGCGCAAACAAACCUAACCACUCUGCGAGCAAGCACCACCCGGAGACGCCGAGCGACUCAUCCUCACUCAUGUUUGACAAAUUCGCCAGCCUGUUUCGAAUCGAUUCGGCACUGAAUGAAUGGGCCCGCAGCCUGCAUCCUUUCUUCCAGAUGCCAUCGGAACUCCAAGACCCGACGCCCACAAAACAUAUUACGCGGGAAGCGAACAUCUUGCGUGCACGGUAUCUCUCCGUUCGACUGCUCCUGUUUAGACUCCUGCUCUUACAGAUCCACCAAGGGCGGACCGAGAACGCCCGCGGGACUGGUCUAUAUGCAGACGACGAUCAGAUUAUGCCGCAUGUAGUUCUCCAGUGUCAGAUCAAUUGCACCAAAGCCGCUGCCGACAUGAUCGAAUUCAUUAUCCGCAACUCGCCGGAGCAGAAGCAAGCGUACAUUCUGCCAUCCAAUUGGUACACUGUCUCAUAUGUAUAUAUGGCCGUCACCAAUUUGCUCGCAGCCCAGACAUCUCCACAAAUAGUAGAAUACUUCACGGCCGCUCGUCUACAAGGCCUGUUGCAGGAGGCACGACGCAUCCUCAAGGAUUACGAAAAGCAUGCCACUUUGACUUCACGAUGUAACUCGGUCCUUGCAUUGAUUGAGCAGAAUGUUGGUGGGCGCGAGCCGAUAGUCGACUACACCCCUUCGGAGGCGGUGCAGGCCAGCAGCAACCCUCUCAACACAUCCGGCCCAGAUCUAGUCAUCGACACACGAGGUCCCUCAAGUGAUCUCUCGAAUAACUUAACCAUGAUGGACAAUUACUCCUUCGACUGGAACGAAUGGCCCAUGUUCUUUUCUCAACUGGACGAUGAUAUACCUACAGCCCAGGGCUGGGCAAUAUAGCGCCAUGCUCCCAUUAAAUCACGACAUAGAAGGUUGCUAUUCACUUGCACGAAUCUGCGCUCAUGGUAACUGGUUGGAGUACGCGUCUGAAAGGAAUUCGUUAUCUAUGAAGGAGAAUCUAUGUACAGAGAGAAUGUCACAACAUCUUCAGGCAGAUUAAUCAUCUGCCACUCUUCUCAUCGCAAGCUGUCUGGCGCACGGAAACAUAUGCUCCACAGCGAAAGGACCUCAAAGCCACUGGAUGUUCCGAUCAUGGUAGCAGUGAGGAACUGCAGGUGUCAACCACCGAGGCGUCACCUCGUGAUCGCUCAACUGGACGACAGGCUUCAAAGUCUCCACGCGGCCCCAUGGACCGCCCUCAAAACUGGUAAGCAGUGAGUCCGGGCCCGGACUGAAGUACUGGGGGAAGACAUUCUUCCAGCCGUCCAUCACGACAAGCAGAAUCUCCGUCACGAACUGCGCGGGCCCGAUGUGGCCCCACUUGAACAGCUGGUUGCU